CCUGCAGACAACUCGCCUGCCGUGCCCCCUCCACCCAGUUCUCCAGCCAAUCGGUAACCACCGCCUCUCCCUGUCCUGUCGAAUUACGAUUUGCAGCAACUUCCCCGCUAGACGCUAGAAAGGCAUCCUCGAAAGAGAGGCGCAUAUCCACUACCCACACACACUCCCAGUCCAGUUGGGGUCCGCGAGCGUUGAACUAAGCACCGGUAGUGUGUUUAUUAGAAGUUGGCUCCCCUCGACCAUGGUGGCCCCUCUAGAGCCGGACUCCUCGACAUCUCGAUUCCACACCGCCGACAAAACGAGGCGCAGGCCUAUCCAGAGGUCAAUUUCUGGUCCGUCGCCGCUUUCGACAGCUUCUUCUGUCACGGAUCUAACAUCAUCGAUGUCGGGCUACGGAAGCACGAAUUCCAACAGGUCCCAUCUACCAAAGUCAGGGGAAGUUCCGGACAGCGACCACCACAGCCACCACAAUCACCACCACAAUCACGACAGCAGCAGACGUGAUUCCCACGAUCUCUCAUUGAGCAACGGCGGCCGAGUACGAGACUCACUCCUAGACAACCUCCUUCUCUCCUUCGACAAGAUUGGCGACGGCACUUUUGGAAACUUCGACGCCUCACCCUUCUUCUCCAACAUCGACGAGGUCGACGACGACGAAUCUGUAUAUUCGCGGCGCGGACGUUCCAAUAGUGCCGGCUACGACUCGCAGUUUUCGUCUUCUGCCCCUAGGCAGUUGGAAUCUGCACACGACUACGGCGAGGGCAGUUUCGGAGUUACUUACGAGAGAGACACGCGCUCGCGGGGACGCGGAGGGCUAAGCUCAUCACAUGGGUAUGCGAACGGUUACGAAACUUUUGAAUCUGCACCUGCGCCCAGCAUAAGAACUAGGAACCGCACACCUUCUCCUCCGAGAUCGCCGAGACUUGUGCGACGACCGUCCAACAAGAGCAUCAAAAGCUACAGGAGCAGAAGCAGAGAUCAACCAUUCAACACGCCCCCUGAACCCGCGACACUCCCGCCGCUCCCAGCCUUUGCCAACCCCCCAUCUCAAGCGACAGCAGUAGCAGCAGCAGCGGCAAUGGGUUCUUCUACCAAGUCGGGCGGGCGGCCCGGAUUCUUCAGACGUGUGUUUGGUGGCGGCGGAAGCUCUAACUCAACACACACACAGAGCACAAGUAACAGCAGCUCCAAGACCAGCAUAGUGUCAAAUCCCCCCUACCCUCCCAGUGCGCCGAAUCCACCGCCACCGAAUCCUCCGAUAGCUCCCCCACCCGAACAAUCACAGCCAGUGCUUCAUAAGAAAGCUUCCUUCUUUAGGAGGCGGAAAAAGUCGCUGUCCGACAUCACUGCACCCCCGCCGGUUCCAGCUCUCCCUCAAGCUGUCCCCGCGCCCAUCCAUGUUCCGCCCGCAGCCAUAAAAGACGACGCAAUCGUGCCCAGCCCAUCCGGCAUGUCUUUGCGCACCGCCAUGAACCCCUAUAUCCGAGCGCCUCCCCGGCCUGGAACACUGGAAUCCACAAUGGAAGACCGCGAGACAGCCUACCUUGCACGUAAUGCGACGAUCCGCACGGUUGCUUCCUCCGAUCCUGUUUCACCUCGGCGCCCAUCAUUCUUUAGUGAGAGCUCUAGGGAUCGGGAUAUUGCACCACACCUGAGCGUAGACAGCAGCGGGAAGAGGUACCACAAGGAGAUGUGGGGUGGCGGAAAGGAUAUGUCGGUGACCACCGAUCACCGCGCGCCGUCGAGAUCGCCCACAGGCGGCAUAGAGCGACCACAAACAUCCCCAAACACCCCAUUCAACAGCCGCACCUUUUUCUUGGACAAGGACGAGGAUGACAAGGACAUGAACUGGCCACCGACGCCCCCGAGCCGCGGCAUAUUGACCAAUGCCAGGUCCAGCACUACCGGGUUCCUGGGAUCAGGGAAAGAGCGACAGGAUUCGGACAGUUCUCUCGGACGCGCGCGAGAGUCUUCUGUUACAUCCCUCAGCGCCGUACGGAAGUCCUCAACAGCUUCACUGAGCCAGACACGGAAGACAUCAGCCGCCUCCAGGGAAAACGCGAUCGUCGACAUGAAAGAGCUCGAAAGACUGUACAACGAGGAGGAUGCCAAGAAGAAGCAUUCGUCGUCGCGUACCAGCAGGGGCGGCGAUCAGUUGGAAUUGGAUACCAUCAACCUGGAGCCACCGAGACCGAAGGAAGGAUCUUGGAUAUCAGGACCAAGCCCCAGCACGCCCACCGUGACUCUACAGAAAGACGGUCCCGGUGAAGAGGCGGAACCACUGCGCCACGAGGAAGAAACGGACAGUGCACUGGAUGAUGGCUUGCCCGAGCCGUCGGCUGAGGACAACGAAAUGGCGAAAAAGAUUUUUGGUGGUGACGAGGAUUUCAUUGCAAAGGAACGGGCGGCAGCUUGGUUGGGCGACAAUGAGGCGGGCAAGGCGAUUAUAUUGAAAGCGUAUAUGCGACUCUUCGAUUGGUCGGGAGUGAACAUUUUGCACGCCAUGAGGAUACUGUGUGGAAGACUCAUUCUCAAGGGAGAAACCCAGCAGGUCGACAGAAUCAUCGUGGCGUUCGCGCAUCGAUGGUGUGUUUGCAACCCAAACCAUGGGUUCAAGAGCGAAGACAUUGUGCACACGAUUCUUUACUCGUUGCUAUUGUUGAACACUGACCUUCAUCUCGCCGAGUUGACUAAUUCGCAGAGGAUGACGCGCGGUCAGUUCAUCAAGAAUACCAUGGCUACGAUUCGACGUGGUAUCCAAGAAGCUGCGGCUACAGCCAGCGUCGAAGAGGAGUUUAGACAGUCGCAAAGUGCUUCGGUAGCACGUUCCCAGACAUCUUUCCAGAGAGGUACCGAUGGGGACUCUCAGCUGUUUGCAUCCGCAUCGGCCACAUUCCCCCUAGCUGCGCCAGAACUCCGGGGACACAAGGCAAAAGGGUCGUUGGAUUUCGGGCGGGAGUCGAAGGGCUCGCGCUUGAGCCGGAUUGGAAACAUCGGAAACCUCAGCCCUAGGAUCUUGCCGGAGGACCAUGCGGAAAAAUCAGACUUCGACCUGGACGGCGCUGUUGCGUUGGUCAAUGCUCCGAUAGGCGGUGGACUCCGGCUGUGGGAAACCCAGCUGGAGAUCGUCUUGAAGGACUUUUACCAUUCCGUCAAGAAUAACGCUUUGCCUCUACAUGGAGCGCAGGAGAGGAUGGAGUCGUCUCAGUCGGGUGGAUUGGCUGUGUUCGGUGGGAACAAUGGCAUGCUUCGUCGAUCACCGAGUACUAUCAGCAAAGCGCCGUCCGAACAAUCGAAAAGAGGUGGAGACAGCAGCAAAUUGGGCGCCAAGUGGUCGUCAAAGAACCGGUCCCGCCAGAGAGUGUACAAUGCAUCGCACGCAGGAUCGAGCAGGACUAGUCUCGAGGACCGAUCGAUGUGGAGCCCUUCGGCAUCUAGCACUUGGAGUAAGUACACGCUUGACAAAACCCAGACUUCCAUGUCUGUGGAUUCCCUUGGAUCCUCGUUUGCGCACUCUGGAGACUAUCAACAAUCAAUAGGAUUCGCCGGUGCGCUCAACAACGCUAUCAUCAGGGAGGAAGGGGCUUCAAUGACUUCUGCCGGGGAGGAUGACGAUGUGGAUAUACUCGACGGGGAUGACGCACUUGAGUUGGAAGGAGCACCAUGGGCCAAGGAGGGAUUGCUCAAGCAUAAGCAUCACCUUGAGUCGGUUGAUAAGCGGGCCAAGAACCGUGGAUGGACCGACUGCUUUGCCGUUAUUCAACGCGGCUACAUGCGCCUCUUCCAGUUCCCUAGCAAGAGCGGGAAGGGCUCGCAUGCCUCUGGUGGUGUCGUCGGUGGUGGUAAUUGGACGGAGAAUGCAGAGCCGAUUGGAUCAUUCCUUCUGCGCCAGACUCUUGCUUCUGCUCUUCCGCCGCCGGGAUACUCGAAGGAUAGGCCGAAUGUGUGGGCGCUUUCGCUGCCAUCCGGUGCAGUCCAUUUCUUCGAAGUUGGGACGGCCGAGAUUGUCACCGAGUUUGUCACAACUGCCAAUUACUGGUCUGCCCGUCUGUCGAAGGAACCCCUGACAGGUGGUGUCAGUAAUGUCGAGUACGGCUGGGGCGAGUGCCUGGCUGGUAUCGAAACGAUUAGUUCAUCGCCGCCAUCCUCGAAUAAUCAGGAAAGUGGGGCUCAUGGACGUGCAAGUCUUCAGAUGAGCAUUCGUUCCAGUAUGGACCAUGGUGCAGUGCGUCCGAGACUCCCCGGAGACAAGAUCAACAUCAAGGACUGGUCGCCCCCGACUCAAAGUAUGCUGGCGUCCAGUCUCGCCGAAAGGGACCAGCUUAAGGCGCUCAAGCACUAUGUGGAGAACAUUGAGGCUGAAUUAGCUAAACACAACGAACUCCAGCAUGCCAUGAAGCUAGCUUUCUCCCCACGCCAUCCCAACAGCGCCAGGACCAUGGCCAAUUGGGAGAAGAAGAGCUCGUACCUCUUCCGCGAAAUCAUCAAAUUCACAACCUACAUCGAAACCCUCCAAUCAGCGAUUGAGCGUCGCGAAAAAGUCAGCCAAGACCGGCUCUCGUGGGUAGCCGCAAAGAAGGAUGCCGCCGUCGAACGAGACGGCGUAUUCGUCAUCGAACGCGGCUUCGCCACCACCCCAGAGCCUACGCCGAUAGAACUGGAUUUGACCGGCUUUUCGACGUCUUUUGAAUAGUCCACGACCUCCCCACACCCACCCACCCACACAUGAAUUUAAUGGCCUUUGAUGUUUCUACCAUCCAUCCUGUCUAUCUGUCUAUCAGCGCUGCAUAUUCCUUUUCUUUCUUUCUUUUCUUUCUUUGCACUCUCUUUUUGCUUCUUUCUUCUAUCACCAAGCUUUUCGAUUCUUUACCCACCUUUGUAGUUCCGUUCCCUCUCCUCAGCCCAUAAAAACGGAGGGUUGCUUUGCUUUGCUGCGCUUUACUUUUGCUUUACUUUUGCUUUACUUUUGCCUUUGCUUUUACUUUUGCGUGUUAUCCGGUUGGGCGUUGUGAUUUCUACUUUUUAAUUUCUACUUUCAUUU